AUGAAUAAAAGCAGCAGGGCAUUUCAAGCACCGAAUAAGGUCAUCACCAAGGAGGACAUUACCCCCUUGUCCAGAUCGCACACAAAAAAGGCAGACGCUCGUGGGACAGCAGAUGGUAACAACACCACCGCCAGUGCAGUCGAGGCCACACCCAUCAUCAUCACCACUGCUCGUUCGAUAGAUACUGCCGGUUCACUAUCUGAGAACGCCACCGACGACGAUGGCGCCCAAAAGGGAAGCCCACACCAUGAUGACGAUGAUGACGAUCUCGAGAGUACGCUCGGCUAUAGUUCUGAGCCUGAUCCUCUAUUUUCCCCAUGCCACCAGCCUUCCUUCAGCAACAGCACAUUUAGUUCUGGCGCGGACAGUGAACUCUUUACGGAGGAAAACUACAAUAAGAAGGAUUUCCACGAUAGCAGCGAGAACAGCAUCUUUUUACCUCAGAUACAACAGUCGUUCUUUUUCGGCGACAAUAGUAAGAGCGAUGCCAACAAUACGGACUUCUGGAAAGAAGUAAACGGCACUGCCGAAGAGGCGAUUUGCAUGCAGGAGACAAGGCAAAGGAAAUGCUCGCUCGUGGCUCUGCAUCCAGGCGACGCUACCACAAGUUCGAACGACACCUUGGGCAUUGAGGACUUCAUCAAAGACGAUAUCAACGGUGCCGAAGCCAUGGAACCAUGCACAUCCUCAUCAUCUGAGACAUCAUCGUCUCCCUCCCUUCUUGACAAUUUGGACUAUAAUAUCAAGCUCUUGUGCUACAGAGACAAUGAGGGCAAGUUCACGUUAAAGAAGAGGAAGUUUUUGAAAAACUCCCUACGUUCGUCCUCUGCACUUUCUAAAAAGUGGAAACCUAUGUCCAAGAGAGAUAAACUGUUGAAGAGGGCCAUUAGAAGGAAGAGCGGUGUUUGCCAGACGUUAUCAGCUGGUUUUGGUAUCGGUGAAUUCAUGUUAUAG